CAAUUGAAAAGAAAUACGACGGACGAUAUAUAAAUAAAAGUACAAAAUUUGUAUGCAUGAUUUCGUAUUAUUUAGCAACAGUUAGAUAAUUAGACAAGGUUAUAGAAUAGCCUAUUUAAACUUUCUUUCGUUUUUUUUUUUUUUUUAACUGCCUAUCACCACUUUGCAUAAUGAAUCUUCCUAUCAGUAAUAGUGAAAUGUUCAAAGUUCAAAUGUAGUCAACAUUACAUUUCAUUUUGUACUUGGAAAACAUUAAGUGUUAUAUUACCUAUAAUAAAUAAUAUUUUGUAUAAUAUUUCAAAUGAUGGUUUCUUUGAUCAAAAAUAUUCCAUUUGCUUCACUUUUUCACAAUGGCAAUAGAAUUGUGACACAGUCAUUUUCUAGCAAUACACUAGUGCAUUUGGAAACCGAUAUGAAAGAAGUGAUUGUAAAAUAUCUUGAUGGGAAAGAUAACGGUAUAGCAGUACUAGGGCUAAAUCGUCCAAAAACCCGUAAUGCUUUUGGAAAAAAUCUUCUUUCUCAAUUAAAUCAUGCAAUUUCAACGAUUAAGCAAGAUGAUAAAUUACGUGUACUAAUUAUUCGUAGCUUAGUACCAUUUGUUUUCUGUUCUGGUGCUGAUUUACGUGAAAGGUUAAAAAUGAAUAAAUCUGAAGUAUCAGAAUUUGUAACAUCUUUAAGAAAUGUUAUGAACGACAUAGAAUCUAUACCAAUACCAGUUAUAUCUGCCAUAGAUGGUAUAGCAUUGGGUGGUGGUUUAGAACUAGCAUUGGCUACAGAUAUUAGAAUAGCAGCUUUGGAGGCAAAACUUGGUCUUGUAGAAACUAAAUUAGCAAUAAUACCAGGCGCCGGUGGUACUCAGAGAUUACCAAGAAUAGUCGGAUCUGCUAUAGCCAAAGAACUUAUUUAUGCAGCACGCAUUUUAAAUGGACAACAAGCAAAGAAUAUUAAUCUUAUAAAUGAAGCUGUAUCACAGAAUAAAAAUGGUGAUGCAGCUUAUCAAGCUGCUUUAUUACUUGCAAGGGAAAUUUUGCCUAAUGGUCCUAUUGGAGUAAAGCUGGCUAAAGAGGCUAUAUCAAAAGGUAUGGAAGUGCCUAUAAAAGAUGGAUUAGAAAUCGAAAAAGCAUGUUACAAUAAAGUCAUAGAUACUGAAGAUAGACUAGAGGGUCUUUCAGCAUUUACAGCAAAACGAGUGCCUAUUUACAGAGAAAUGUAAAGAAUGUCAAUUUUGACAAACAAUAUUUGAGUAUUAGAAAUAAGAUGAUCG